CACUUACACUCCCAGCGCGCUGCUCGGAGCCGGAGGGAGCGCGGGGAGCGAGCUAGCGAGCGCUCGGAGCCCGGGCCAGCAGAGGGGGCGCCCAGCCGCUGCCUGCACCGCCGCCUCCGCCGCGCUCGGGGGCCCCGGGAGGAGCGAGGGCGAGUCGGAGAGUCCGGGAGCGGAGCCCGGCGAGACCCAACUGCGGGAGGGCGCCCGCCCCACUCAGCCGCGUCCUGCGCCGGAGCCGGGGAGCGCCGGCCGACCGCCCCGUGGGCCGUAGAGCUGGGAGCACAGGUCCCCGGAGCCCCAGGGAUGGUCUAGGAGUGGGUGCGAGGCUCGCUGCUCAGCUCCCUGCUGGGGCUCGCCGCCUCCUGCCGAUCUCCCAGGGCUGCGAGCCGCGGCGGCCGGGGGCUGCGCGCUCGGGCGGCCCAGGCCGAAGAAGUUAGUUGUGCGCUCAGCUUAGUGAGCGGAGCAAGCGAGCGAUCGAAGCAGCAGCCAAGCGCCGGGGCCAUGGGCUGGGGGAGCCGCUGCUGCUGCCCGGGACGGCUGGACCUGCUCUGCGUACUGGCGUUGCUCGGGGGCUGCCUGCUCCCCGUGUGCCGGACGCGCGUCUACACCAACCACUGGGCAGUCAAAAUCGCCGGCGGCUUCCCGGAGGCCAACCGCAUAGCCAGCAAGUACGGAUUCAUCAACAUAGGACAGAUCGGGGCCCUGAAGGAUUACUACCACUUCUAUCACAGCAGGACGAUUAAAAGGUCAGUUCUCUCAAGCAGAGGAACCCACAGUUUCAUUUCAAUGGAACCAAAGGUGGAGUGGAUCCAACAACAAGUGGUGAAAAAACGGACCAAGAGGGAUUAUGACUUCAGCCGCACCCAGUCCACUUACUUCAAUGAUCCCAAGUGGCCAAGCAUGUGGUAUAUGCACUGCAGUGACAACACUCAUCCCUGCCAGUCAGACAUGAACAUUGAAGGAGCCUGGAAGAGAGGCUACACGGGAAAGAACAUCGUGGUCACUAUCCUGGACGAUGGCAUUGAGAGGACCCAUCCAGAUCUGAUGCAAAACUAUGAUGCUCUGGCAAGCUGUGACGUGAAUGGGAAUGACCUAGACCCCAUGCCCCGUUACGAUGCAAGCAACGAGAACAAGCAUGGGACCCGCUGUGCUGGAGAAGUGGCCGCCGCAGCAAACAACUCUCACUGUACAGUCGGCAUUGCUUUCAACGCCAAAAUCGGAGGAGUUCGAAUGCUGGAUGGAGAUGUCACGGAUAUGGUUGAAGCAAAAUCCGUUAGCUUCAAUCCCCAGCAUGUGCACAUUUAUAGUGCAAGCUGGGGUCCAGAUGAUGAUGGCAAGACUGUGGACGGACCAGCGCCACUCACUCGGCAAGCCUUCGAAAACGGUGUUAGAAUGGGGCGGAGAGGCCUCGGCUCAGUUUUUGUCUGGGCGUCAGGAAAUGGCGGAAGGAGCAAAGACCACUGCUCCUGUGACGGCUACACCAACAGCAUCUAUACUAUCUCCAUCAGCAGCACAGCUGAAAGUGGAAAGAAGCCUUGGUACCUGGAAGAGUGUUCAUCCACACUGGCCACAACCUACAGCAGUGGAGAGUCCUAUGAUAAGAAAAUAAUCACUACGGAUCUGAGGCAGCGUUGCACGGACAACCACACAGGGACAUCAGCCUCAGCCCCCAUGGCUGCAGGCAUCAUCGCAUUGGCCCUGGAAGCCAAUCCGUUUCUGACCUGGAGAGACGUGCAGCAUGUUAUUGUCAGGACUUCCCGUGCAGGACAUUUGAACGCUAAUGACUGGAAAACCAAUGCUGCUGGUUUUAAGGUGAGCCAUCUCUAUGGAUUUGGACUGAUGGAUGCAGAGGCCAUGGUGAUGGAGGCGGAGAAGUGGACCACUGUUCCCCAGCAGCACGUGUGUGUGGAGAGCACAGACCGACAAAUCAAGACAAUUCGCCCCAACAGUGCAGUGCGCUCCAUCUACAAAGCUUCGGGCUGCUCCGACAACCCCAACCAUCACGUCAACUACCUGGAGCAUGUAGUCGUGCGCAUCACCAUCACCCACCCCAGGAGGGGAGACCUGGCCAUCUACCUGACCUCACCCUCAGGAACCAGGUCCCAGCUUUUGGCCAACAGGCUUUUUGAUCAUUCCAUGGAAGGAUUUAAAAAUUGGGAAUUCAUGACCAUUCAUUGCUGGGGAGAACAAGCUGCUGGUGACUGGAUUCUGGAAGUUUAUGACACUCCCUCUCAGCUGAGGAACUUCAAGACUCCAGGUAAAUUGAAAGAAUGGUCUCUGGUCCUCUAUGGCACGUCUGUGCAGCCAUACUCACCCACCAAUGAGUUUCCUAAAGUGGAACGUGUCCGGUAUAGCCGAGUCGAAGACCCCACCGACGACUAUGGGACGGAGGAUUAUGCAGGUCCCUGUGACCCUGAGUGCAGUGAGGUGGGCUGUGAUGGGCCAGGACCCGACCACUGUAAUGACUGUUUGCACUACUACUACAAGCUGAAAAACAACACCAGAAUCUGUGUCUCCAGCUGCCCUCCUGGCCACUACCACGCUGAUAAGAAGCGAUGCAGAAAGUGUGCCCCCAACUGCGAGUCCUGCUUUGGAAGCCACGGGGACCAGUGCCUGUCCUGUAAAUAUGGAUACUUCCUGAAUGAAGAAACCAACAGCUGUGUCACUCAUUGCCCUGAUGGAUCAUAUCAGGACACCAAGAAAAAUCUUUGCCGGAAGUGCAAUGAAAACUGCAAGACAUGUACUGAAUCUGACAACUGUACAGAAUGCAGGGAGGGGUUAAGCCUGCAGGGGUCCCGGUGUGCCGUCACCUGUGAGGACGGAUGGUACUUCAACGGCCAAGACUGUCAGCCCUGCCACCGCUUCUGCGCCACCUGUGCUGGAGCCGGCGCUGACGGGUGUAUUAACUGCACAGGGGGCUACUUCAUGGAGGAGCGGAGAUGCGUGCAGAGCUGUAGUAUCAGCUACUACUUUGACCACUCUUUAGAAAAUGGAUACAAAUCCUGCAAAAAAUGUGACGCCAGCUGUUUGACGUGCAAUGGUCCAGGGAUCAAGAACUGUACGAGCUGUCCCAGUGGGUAUCUCUUAGACUUAGGAAUGUGUCAGAUGGGGGCCAUCUGCAAGGACGGAGAAUACAUCGAUGAGCACGGCCACUGCCAGAUCUGCGAAGCCUCGUGUGCCCAGUGCCGAGGACCAACCCAGGAAGACUGCACAGGCUGCCCUGCCACAAGGAUUUUUGAUGAUGGCCGCUGCGUUUUGAACUGUUCCUUGGGCAAAUUUGAAUUCAGGAACCAAUGUCAUCCAUGUCAUUUCACCUGCCAAGAAUGCCAAGGAGAUGAGCCUUCCAACUGCACUUCCUGUGGAGUAGAUAAGCAUGGCAGAGAGCGGUUCCUGUACUGGGGAGAGUGUCGAGAGAGCUGCCCCCCAGGCUACUACCCUGACGAGGGCCACACCUGCCAGCCCUGCCCAGACAACUGUGAGCUCUGUCACAGCACACACAUCUGCACACGAUGUGUGCACGGCUACUUCCUGGUGCCCUCCAAUCACACCUGCCAGAAGUUAGAAUGUGGACAAGGUGAAAUCCAAGAUCCAGACUAUGAAGAAUGUGUGCCUUGUGAAGAAGGGUGUCUGGGAUGCAGCUUAGAUGAUCCAGGAACCUGCACAUCAUGCGCUACAGGGUACUACAUGUUCAAAGACCACUGUUAUAAAACCUGUCCUGAGAAGACCUACAGGGAAGAAUUUGAAUGCAAAGCGUGUGAUACCAACUGUGGCAACUGUGACCAGAAUGAAUGUUACUGGUGUGAAGAGGGCUUCUUCCUCUUGGGGGGCAGCUGUGUGAGGAACUGUGGUCCUGGCUUCUACGGCGAUCCAGAGAUGGGAGACUGUGAGCCCUGCCACCAAGCCUGUGAAACCUGCACCGGCCUUGGCCACAACCAAUGCAGCAGCUGCCAAGAAGGCCUGCAGCUGCUGCGGGGGACAUGUGUGCGUCACGACCAGACCCAGGAGGAAGGCAGCUUCUGGAACGUACCUGUGUCCACUGCAAGCCCAUCUUUGGUGAAGAGCCUGCUGCAGGAGCGACGAAGGUGGAAGUUUCAAAUCAAAAGAGACCUUUUGAGAAGACACCAGUCAUGUCACUCUUCUUGUAAAACCUGCCAUGGAUCGGCAACCCUGUGCACUUCGUGUCCGAAAGGCACCUAUCUGCUGGCUCAGACCUGCGUUCCAUCCUGUCCCCAAGGCAUGUGGCCCUCGGUGAGGAGCGGCAGCUGCGAGAACUGCACAGAGGACUGUGCCUCUUGCUCCAAAGUCAAUCUUUGCCAAAAGUGCCAAACACGGCCAGACCACCCCCUCUUCCUCCACCAAGGCAGGUGCUUCACCAGAUGCCCUGAGGGCUUCUACGCAGAUGACGAUACUUGUGAGCACUGCAGCUCUUCCUGCAGAACUUGUGAAGGAAAUGCCACCAACUGUCAGUCCUGCGAAGGAGGCCUUGUCCUAGACCAGGGGGUGUGCCGGGAAACCUGCCCCGAGAGGCAUGUGGCCAUGGAAGGGGUGUGCAAGCGCUGCCCAGAGAUGUGUCAGGACUGCAUCCAUGAGAAAACAUGCAAAGAGUGCAUGCCUGAGUUCUUCCUGCACAAGGAUGCGUGCCACCAGUCCUGUCCCAGCCACUUCUACGCAGACAGGCGCCACUGUGUUCCCUGCCAUGAAGACUGUCUGGAGUGCAGUGGCCCCUCAGCAGAUGACUGUGACCUCUGUGCCGAGGCAUCCUUGGUUCUCUACGAUGGGCAGUGUUUAGAUGAGUGUCCAGAAGGAACUUACUUGGAAAAAGAGACUAAAGUCUGCAAAGACUGUCUCAAGUCCUGCCGCACCUGCUCGUCCUCGGGGGCCUGCACGACGUGUCAGGAAGGCCUGAGGGUGAGCAACCACGGGACCUGUGUGCCUCACACUGAAUGCACCGCCAUGGAGUACUGGGACAUGGAGGCACAGACAUGCAAGGCCUGUCAUGCCAGGUGCUUCCACUGCACGGGGCCCUCAGAGUACCAGUGUCAGACCUGCCUGCGGGACAGCCUCUUGCUCAACACAACCUGCGUGCAGGACUGCCCCGAAGGCUACUACGCUGAUGAGGACAGCCACCGGUGUGCCCCCUGCCACAGCUCUUGUAGGACAUGUGAAGGACGACACAGCAUGCAAUGCCUCUCCUGCCAGCCAGGCUGGUUCCAGCUGGGACAGGAGUGCCUGACCCAGUGCAGAGAAGGAUAUUAUGCAGAAAACUCCACAGGACAGUGCAAGAGGUGCAGCAGGAGCUGCAAAGCCUGCCAGGGCCCACAGCCCACAGACUGCCUGUCCUGCGAUCCAUUCUUCUUUCUGCUCCGCUCCAAAGGACAGUGUCAUCGCACCUGUCCAGAGCAUCACUACGUGGAGCAAAGCACCCAGACCUGUGAGAGAUGCCACCCAACCUGUGAUAAAUGCAAAGGAAAAGGAUCAUUGGACUGCUUAUCCUGUGUGUGGAGUUACCACCUGAUGGGAGGACUCUGUACCUCGGAUUGUCUUGUGGGGGAGUACAGAGUGGGAGAGGGGGAGAAAUUUAACUGUGAAAAGUGCCACGAGAGCUGCAUAGAAUGCAAGGGACCUGGCAGCAGGAACUGUACCGUGUGUCCUGCCAACCUGGUGCUGCACAUGGACGACAGCCGCUGCCUGCGUUGCUGCAAUGCCUCCGAUCCCACCAAUGCCCACGAGUGCUGUGACUGCCGUGACACCAAAGAUGAGUGUAUCCUUCGAGCAAGUGAAGUUGAGCCUGCAGCUGAGCAUUCCAAGACAGCCCUGUUGAUCACUUCCUCCAUUAUGCUGGUGCUUCUGCUCGGGGCAGCUGUGAUUGUCUGGAGGAAAUCUCGGAGCAGAGCCAAGUCAACAGAAAAAGCUGGCUAUGCAAAGCUGGCUGAACCUAGCGUGUCUUACUCCUCCUAUAAGAGCAGCCAUCGUGAGAGCUUUGAAGAGGAUCAAGUGAUUGAGUACAGAGACCGGGACUAUGAUGAGGAUGAUGAUGAUGACAUUGUCUACAUGGGCCAAGAUGGCACUGUCUACCGGAAAUUUAAGUAUGGGCUUCUGGAUGAUGACAGUGAAGAUGACCUGGAAUACGAUGAUGAGAGCUACUCCUACCAGUAAACAGAGGUCACGCACACCCCACCACAUUCCACUCAUGGGCAUGCAUAUGAGCAUUACAGUGUUGGAUUUUAUCCCGACAUACCAGGCUGACAUGAGGGUGCUUGUCUUCUUAACCAAGAGUCCAACUAGAGUAUAUGAGAAUGCUGAAAUAUUUUGUUCUUCUUUUGGAUGGUUAAACUCAAUUAACUAUAAUUAUUCAACCAUGACUGAGGGACAAGGAUAAAAUUCGGAGUAAUUGUUCUCAAAACAAUAUCUCAAGACACAAAACAUAAGAAGUUUUAAAAAAAAAUAGUGAAAUUUUUGUGCAAACUGUUUCAUGUUUUUCUAAUUAAAAAAAAAGAAAUAGACCUAUAGUAAUUCUGUUUCUCAGCUGUAUUGUAGAGAUAUUUGCUACCUUUUUGAUUUCUGCUAUUUCUGUAAUUGAUUUGUGGGGGAUGAGGAGACAAAAGAACUGUUUGUCUUAGGGGAUUUUCCUCCCCUUUUAGUUCUCUUGGGGCAGAGAUUUGUUCCUUAAGGGACCACUAAAGAAAGUUCUCCUUCUCAUGCCAUUUACACCAAUUACUCCAGCUCACCCCUCAGUAAUACAGACCACCUCUGCUGAGGCUGAUCAGGAUCUAUUUAUAGACAGGAGGAAAGACAUGAGAGCUUGCUUCAUAGCCAAGGAAGCAUGUGUCCUCCAUGCCCUGGUUCCUGUGCAGGAGUCCAUAGUCAUGAUGAUUCUAGAGCAAGCUCAGGCAGGAGAUUGGUGGCAGCAAGCCCAGGAGGAAAGACAUCACUGUUUCUAAGAAUGUCAGUCUUACACGCUCAUGAUUUUUCUAAGGGUGUUUCUGGUUAGAAACAUCAGCUAAAACAUCAAGUAAUAAAAGAAAAUUGGUAAUGUUAACCUAACAUAAAAUGGUAUAAAAUGACAGAAACUUCAGAUACUCUUUUUUAAAAAAAGACUUUAGCUACUAAAUUAAAGAGCUUUUAUGAACAGCCCAUCACAGAACUGUGGGCUCUUCAAAGAAAAAGUUAGGAUGGAGUCUAACAUGGAAAUUCUCAACAUCCUGCUCACCAGCUUAAUCCAGCUGCUGAUCAGCCUUCCAACACUCUUCAUCUCUAUGAUUUUUGUUUCUAGAUGCCCUAGGCAUCUCUUUUUCCAUCCUCCUGUCCAGUACACUCUUGGAUUUGCACACACAGGACAGUUUUUCUGCAUGCAAUACAGAGAAGAGCUCCUGCUAAGUGAAAUUAAGUAAGCAGGGUUUUAUGGAUUUCCUUGUCAAAACAGAAGUGAUAGGCAGUCUUGGGAGUGAACCACCAGGAAGAGAUAUUUUCAGAUAAUGAGGACAAUCACACAAAAAAAUAAAUGUAUUUCACACUAUGUACUAGGUACCGAGCUAGACAAUUCCUUUUAAAAACUCACCCCAUUUAAUAUCACUGUAACUUCUUGAGGUUGGUACCAUUAUUACUCUUUUUUUAAAUGGGAAAGCCAAAGCUUAUGAAAAGUUAAAUAGCCCAAGGUCACAGAAAGCUUAUCAAGAUUCAAGAAAAAAAGGAUGACUCUAAAGUGUGUGUUCCUAAGAACUAUGCUACACUGACACGAAGCAGAAAAAGAAGCAUCCUAAAUCUAAUAAAGGCCUGUCUUACUUUAUAAUAUGGCAAUGCUAUUAUCUUUCCUGAAUGUGUACAUUUUUUAAAAAAAAAAACAUAUCACUGACACAGGAAAUCUUUGUAAAGAAGUCUUCAGUUUACUGAAGGCCUCUGCGUUUCUUUAAGGGAAAGCUCUUAAAACAAAUAUUGGCAAACUUUCUCUGAAAAGAGCCAGAUAGUAAAUACUUUAGGCUUUGCACAACUAUCAACCCUGCCAUUGUGGCAUGCAUGCAGCCAACCCACAACAAAUGGGUGGGCUGUGCUCCAAGAAAUCUUUAUUUAUGGACACUGAAAUUUGGAUUUAAGAUAAUUUUCACAUAUCAUAAAAUAGUAUUCUUCUUUUGAUUUUUUUCCUCAGUCACUUAAAAAUGUGAAAAACCAUUCUUGCCUCAAGGCAGUACAGAAACAGAUGAUGGGCCAGAUUUGGUCAAGAGAUUGUAAUUUGCUGACAGAAAUUCCUAAGAGACCAUGUAUAUCACAGACACAUAUGAUAUGCUCCAAAAAAUUUUGACCAUUUAAAAUCACCCCCUGAAAACCUAUAUGAACCCUUUAUAGAUCCUUUCCCAAACCUUAGAAACAAAUAGAAAUGCAUAUAAGAUAGCCAUCUCAUCAUGGAGAAUGAAACGGCAAUCCACUCCAGUAUUCUUGCCCAGGAAAUCUCAUGGACAGAGGAACCUGGUGGACUAUAGUCAGUGGGGUUGCAAAGAGUCAGACAGGACUGAGUGACUGAGCAUGCACACACCAGCAAUUUUAUCAAUGGAAGAAUUCUUCAUCUCUUGUUGUGUAAUUGGAGUGUAGCCUAUGGAAAUAAGUAAUUUUGUUUAUACUGUGUUGUGUGUCUUCCCUGAUAACUCAAAACUCUGAUAAACUGAGUCUGACAUUUCUUUGUGUAGCCUGGAAAUCGUUUUCCAAGAAAAUUCUGUCUUUAGGAUACACAAUUAAGCAUUAAAUGAGGUCAAGAUGACCUUGAAAACUAAGAAAAA